AAUUCAAGAAUUUUCCACUCAAGAUGUGACAAUCAAGGAAAAACUAUAACUUUAGUGAAAGUUGGAAAAUACAAUUUUGGUUGGGGUGGACGACUUUGCAAACUAUAAAGAAUUCAUUACAGUUCAUGUUUAUAAAUCAUCUGGACAAAGAAUUUAUCAUAAGGAAAACUGCUACAUUGAAGGAAUAAAGAUCAACAGUCCUCAUUAUCUUGUUAAAUUGAAAGCGGACAAGACAACUAACACGUUCACGUUGGUGAUUUCACAAUAUGAAAAACACAACACGAUUCACUAUACGUUAAAGGUAUUUUCUUCAGCUGAUUUUAAAAUUUCACCUGUCCCAAAUCCUUAUAUCUGUCAUAAACAGUUUGGAAGGUCAUAAAAGAGAAAGAUGAAUUUUCAGAGCUCACAAAAACGUUUUAACGGCAAUUUGAAAAAGAGAGAAGAUGAAGGGUUUAUAUUUUGUCGCUUUCAUACUUGGGGUCUUAGGAAAACUACAGUCUUCGAAAAUCAAGGUAAUUAAAGGAUACAACCCAGGACCAUGUUUGAAAAACAAAAGUGGAGAGAUAACGUUAGUUCGUGAUCGACAGAACGAACCUAAACUCUUGAUAUGUUUUAAAGUUAACGGUUUUUUUGGAUGGAGAACCAUAGAUGGUUCUAGUUCUCCAGGAGAGUUUUUCAACCCUGUAUACGACUGCUCAACCAUAUUGGAUAAAGAUCCAAGAGCUAAAGAUGGAUUUUAUUGGAUAACACUUGGAGAAAAGAAGCCAAAAAAAAUUUAUUGUGAUAUGACAACUGAUGGUGGUGGGUUCAUGUUGAUUGGUCGAAAAAAUACGUCCGUUACAUGGACAGUACCAUCGAACAGCAAGACAGUGGAACCAUUUGGUGAACCUCAUUGGAUAAGUUCAUUAGGAGAGGCACCGAUGGUUGAUUUUAGAGUGCAAAUGGCCACUCGAGAUGAUUUUAAGACAACUAAAGCUCAUUGGUUUUACAGAUUUCAAAAUCCACGAAAAUUAAAAAAUCUGAUGAUUUACAACAAAGGAGGCUGUACAAAAACAUCACCAGGGAUUGGGGACGUUAAGUUUGUCAAGGAUCUGAUGACUGAAAACAUUGUGACAACAAGUUUUCGUUGCUCAAAGUUUGGAUUGGCUUACAAUAAAAGAGCACAGUUUGGAUGGGCAAAAAUGAACAAUUGUUUAUGCAAACCCUGUCCUUUGGGAUUUGCUUUUCACCACAAAUAUCCCCUUCAAACUGACUUUUCUGGAGCAUUUAGCUACAGUACGACAAAUGCAAUUUCUGGUAUGGAGUUUGGAGCGACGGCAUUGGUUGGCUGUGAUAGCACGAAGUGCUGUGGGUGUUAUGGUCCUAAGAAUGGGAAAAACGAUUAUUGUUUUAAAGAAUGUGAGGCAAAGAAUGGCGGAACAAUUAAGAAAAAUGUUUAUGCGUGGUUUUGGGUGCGCUCUCGUAUUCCUAGAAGAAUAUGGAGGAAUUGUAUGGAUUACAAAGUUAUCGAAAAUGGAAAUGCUGUAUGGUACAAGUUACUGGGUAGUAACGGAGUACCUGUGAAAGGUCGUUGUACAAAAGAUAAACCAUUGUUUUAUGAUGGAAUGAUUGUUGUACCAGAUAAUAACAGUUUGAAAAAAGUUCCAAAUAUUGAAGGAAUGAUGGUUUAUCGUAAAGAUAAAAAUAAACUUUAUGUCCAAGAAGAUAAACAACUAAAGGCAUUGGCUGAAGAAAAAAAGAUUCUUCAGACGUUGAACAAAGAUAUCUCUAAGCUCCAGAAUGAAAUCAACACCAUCAAUGCUACUUUGGGCAGAAGAUUUAUUUCAUUGCUUUCUUAUGAUAUCUCAGCCUCAAAGAUACUCAGACGGGAACCAGAAAGAUUUUUGAAACAGUUAAAGACGUGGUUUUCCUUUGAUAAGUUGACUUGUUGUUGGAGAGCUUCCAUUGAUGGAUGGAAUUCUAGAAUUUUCCACUCAAGAUGUGACUUUCGAGGAAAAACAAUAACUUUAGUUAAAGUUGGGCGAUACAUCUUUGGUGGAUAUUCAACGAUAAGUUGGGGUGGUUCAAGUGGUUAUCGAAGCAGUUCCAGUACUUACUUGUUCUCACUUCGUAACAAAGACAAUUUAAGUCCCUUUAGAUCCCCCGUUUAUCGUUACAGCAGCAGUGCCAUCCAUACUAAACCUAGCAUUGGACCCACGUUUGGAGCAGGACAUGACCUCUACAUUGCAAACAACGCAAACAAAAACCAAAAUUCUAGAACCGAUUUUGGAGACACCUAUCGUGCUCCAUCUGGUUACAGCUAUGGCAGUAGUAACACCAAGCUCUUCUUGCAGGUUCACGCUACUUUACACCUGAUGAAGUUGAAGUUUAUUACUAUGUUUAGCAUUUCACGUGAAUUUCACGUGAUCUUCAUAAUGAUUAAUUCAACCAUGUAUGAUGUAAUGUUUGAGUAGAUUUCGUAGAUGUAAUUAAAUGUCGUCUUGAUUAUUUCUUUCAUAAUUAUCUUUCAUCAAAA